CCCGUCUCUCCUGCGGUCGCAGUGGAAACCGGAGCCAGUCCGCCUCCUGCCCGGGAAUCCACAGCACAUCAGCGGCCACUGCCAUGGCUGAACGCCGCGCCUUCGCCCAAAAAAUCAGCAGGACUGUGGCAGCAGAGGUCAGGAAGCAGAUAGCCGGCCAGUAUGGAGGCUCCCCACAGCUCCUCAAAAACCUCAAUGUUGGGACCACAACAAGCAACACAGUUCCCCUCACAGAGGCAGUGGAGCCGGUGGAUUUUGAGGAGUACCUCAUCACCCACCCGCCCAUCGUUGAGUCCGGCCCCCUGAGAGAUCUGAUCGAGUUCCCCCCCGAUGACAUCGAGGUCACCUACACACCCAGGGAGUGUCGCACAGUGGCACAGGCCGUUCCUGAGGAAGGGGACACUGAUGUUCACGUCAGAGACUGUGUCAGAUCUUACACAGAGGACUGGGCCGUCGUCAACAGAAAAUAUCACAAACUCGGUACAGGUUUCAACCCCAACACUCUGGACAAGCAGAAGGAGCGUCAGAAAGGUCUGCCCAAGCAAGUGUUUGAGGCCGAUGAGAUGCCAGACAGCAGCAGCUACCAGGACGACCAGGACGACUUGAAGCGGCGGUCGAUGUCUAUAGACGACACGCCGCGCGGCAGCUGGGCCUGCAGCAUCUUUGACUUGAAGAACUCCGUCCCCGACGCCCUCCUCCCUCACCUGCUCGACCGCGCUCCCAACGACGAGAUCGACCGGCACAACGAGGAGCUUCGCAAGGCGAACCGCCACCGGGAGCUCUUCGCUCUGCACCCUGCCCUCGAUGAGGAAGAGCCCAUUGAGCGCCACUGUGUGCCUGAAGUACCUAAAGAACACUUUGGCCAGAGGCUACUCGUCAAGUGCUUGUCCUUGAAGUUCGAGAUCGAAAUUGAACCCAUAUUUGCUAGUUUGGCCUUAUACGAUGUCAAGGAAAAGAAAAAGAUAUCAGAGAACUUUUUCUUUGACCUGAACUCCGAGCAGACGAAGGGGCUGCUGCGUCCACACACUCAGACAGCGGCCAUCUCUACGCUGGCUCGCUCGGCCAUAUUCUCCAUUACCUAUCCCUCCACGGAUGUCUUCCUCGUCAUCAAGCUGGAGAAAGUUCUGCAGCAAGGUGAUAUCGGAGAGUGUGCAGAACCCUACAUGGUCUUCAAAGAGUCCGACGCUGCCAAGAAUAAAGAGAAGCUGGAGAAGCUGCGCGGCCAGUCGGAGCAGUUCUGCCAGCGUCUGGGUCGCUACCGAAUGCCCUUCGCUUGGACCGCCAUCCACCUGAUGAACAUUGUUAACAGUGCCGGCAGUUUGGAGAGAGACACGGAGAUGGAGAUGAGCCUCUCAGAGAGAAAAGGCUCCUGGUCAGAGCGAAGAAACUCGAGCAUCAUGGGAAGACGCUCCCUGGAGAGGACCACCAGUGGAGAUGAGUCGUGCAGUCUGACGGGCUUUAGACCUGCAACACUCACCAUCACCAACUUCUUCAAACAGGAGGGAGACAGACUGAGCGAUGAAGACUUGUAUAAGUUUCUAGCAGAUAUGAGAAGACCCUCCUCUGUGCUGAGAAGACUCAGACCCAUCACAGCCCAGUUGAAGUUGGAUAUUUCCCCAGCUCCAGAGAACCCCCACUAUUGCUUGACCCCUGACCUCCAUCAAGUUAAACCUUACCCAGACAGUAGGGUACGUCCCACCAGGGAGAUCCUGGAGUUCCCUGCAAGGGAUGUCUACGUGCCGAACACCACAUACAGGAAUCUGCUUUAUGUGAACCCUCAAAGUCUUAACUUCGCCAACCGCCAAGGCUCCGCCCGCAACAUCACAGUGAAAGUGCAAUUCAUGAAUGGAGAGGAUCCUAACAAUGCAAUGCCGGUGAUAUUUGGGAAGUCCAGUUGUGCAGAUUUCGCGAAAGAGGCCUACACUGCCGUGGUGUACCAUAACAGAUCACCUGACUUCCACGAUGAGAUCAAGAUCAAGUUGCCAGCCUCCCUGUCGGACCACCACCACAUUCUCUUCACCUUUUACCACGUCAGCUGCCAGCAGAAGCAGAACACUCCUCUGGAGACCCCUGUGGGAUACACGUGGAUCCCCAUGUUGCAGAGCGGCCGUCUGCGGACGGGACACUUCUGUCUUCCUGUGUCUCUGGAAAAACCUCCACAAUCCUACUCUGUUCUCUCCCCAGAUGUUCCUCUCCCGGGGAUGAAGUGGGUGGAUAACCAUCGAGGAGUAUUCAAUGUGGAAGUGGUGUCCGUCUCAGCCCUACACACACAGGACCAGUACCUGGAUAAGUUCUUUGCCUUGGUUCACGCCCUGGAUGAGCACAUGUUCCCAGUUAGAAUAGGAGACAUGCGCAUCAUGGAGAACAACCUGGAGGCCGAGCUCAAGUCCAGCAUUGCGGCUCUAAACUCUUCCCAGCUGGAGCCGGUGGUUCGAUUCCUUCACCUCCUACUCGACAAGUUGGUUCUGCUCAUAGUGCGGCCGCCGGUCAUCGCUGGACAGAUAGUGAAUCUGGGCCAGGCAUCCUUCGAGGUCAUGGCAUCCAUAGUGAACCGGCUUCACAAGUACCUGGACAGCAGCCAGGACAUGCACGGACGCAACAGCCUGCUGUCCUCGUACAUCCACUAUGUCUUCCGCUUGCCGAGCACCGACCCCAACGCGCCAUCGCCAGGCCCGGGAGGGUUGGGAGGCUCGGUUCACUACGCCACCAUGGCCCGCUCGGCGGUCCGACCCGCCAGCCUCAACCUCAACCGCUCCCGCAGCCUUAGCAAUAGCAACCCGGACAUUUCCGGGACGCCCACCUCUCCUGAUGACGAGGUCCGCUCCAUCAUUGGCAGCAAGGCCAUGGAGCGCUGUGGCAAUCGCAUGUCUUCGCACACUGAGAGCGCCAGUUUCUUGCAAACUUUAACAGGACGGUUGCCCACAAAAAAGCUCUUCCAUGAGGAGCUGGCGCUCCAGUGGGUGGUGAGCAGCGGGAGCGUCCGGGAGGGCGCUCUACAGCAGGCCUGGUUCUUCUUUGAGCUCAUGGUGAAGAGCAUCAUCCACCACCUUUACUUCACCGAGCGCCUCGAGUCUCCGAGGAAGAACCGCUUUCCAGAACGCUUCAUGGAUGACAUCACAGCCCUGGUCAGCACCAUCGCUGGGGACAUUGUGUCUCGCUUCCAGAAGGACCUGGAGCUCGUGGAGAGACUCAACACGAGUCUGGCUUUCUUUCUCAAUGACUUGCUGUCAGUGAUGGACCGAGGCUUCGUCUUCACCCUCAUCAGGGCAUACUGGAAACAGGUGUCCACAAAGCUUUACACUCUGCAGAACCCCAACCUGGAGUCUUUGAGGCUGGAUUUCUUGAGAAUCGUCUGCAGCCAUGAACACUACGUCACCCUCAACCUGCCCUGCAGCCUGCUGACACCACCCGCCUCCCCUUCCCCCUCCGUGUCCUCAGCAACGUCACAGAGCUCUGGGUUCUCCACACAUGUCCAGGACCAGAAGAUAGCCAACAUGUUCGAGCUGUCCGUCCCCUUCAGAGAGCAACACUAUCUGGCUGGACUGGUGCUCUCUGAGCUGUCUGUGAUUCUGGACCCAGAGAACGAGGGGAUGUUUGCUCUACAUAAGAAAGUGGUGAGUGUCGUCCACAACCUCCUGUCCAGCCACGACUCUGACCCCCGCUACGCAGAUCCAGAGGUGAAGGCCCGGGUCGCCAUGCUCUACCUGCCUCUGAUUGGAAUCAUCAUGGAAACGCUGCCACAGCUCCACGACUUCACAGAGUCCCAUAACCAGUGGGGUCGGCCAGGUUGCCCCCAGGGGGCAGCGGCGGGCAGCACUGGCGAGGAGGCCGAAGGAGAGGGCAACAGUAUAAUCAGCCAGACUGUUGCGAUGGCUAUAGCAGGCACCUCCACCCCCUCACCGAUGUCCCGACCAAGCAGCUUCUUGCUCAACUCGCAGGCGAGUCGUCAGCACGCAAGCUUCUCGGCCGAGUCCAGUCGCAGUCUGCUCAUCUGUCUGCUGUGGGUGCUGAAGAACGCCGAUGAGAUGGUGCUGCAGAAGUGGUUCACAGACCUGUCGGUGUCUCAGCUCAACCGGCUGCUGGACCUUCUCUACCUCUGUGUCUCCUGCUUCGAAUACAAGGGGAAGAAGGCGUUUGAGCGAAUGAACAGCCUGACCUUUAAAAAGUCCAAAGACAUGAAGGCCAAGCUGGAGGAGGCCAUACUGGGCAGCAUCGGGGCCAGACAGGAGAUGGUGCGCCGCAGCCGGGGACAGCUUGAGCGGAGUCCAUCUGGCAGUGCAUUUGGAAGUCAGGAGAACCUUCGCUGGAGGAAGGACAUGACCCACUGGAGACAAAACAGCGAGAGGAUGGACAAGAGUCACAGAUCAGUCAGGACCAGGGCAGAGUUGGAGCAUGAAGCACUUAUCGAUGGAAACCUUGCAACAGAGGCCAACAUAAUUAUUCUUGACACAUUGGAGAUCGUUGUGCAGACGGUCUCAGUGACUGAGUCCAAGGAGAGCAUCUUGGGUGGAGUGCUGAAGGUGCUGCUGCACAGCAUGGCCUGCAACCAGAGCGCCCUCUACCUCCAGCACUGUUUUGCCACACAGAGGGCACUGGUGUCUAAGUUUCCUGAGCUGCUGUUCGAGGAGGAGACGGAGCAGUGUGCUGACCUGUGCCUGAGACUCCUGAGGAGCUGCAGCAGCAGCAUUAGCACCAUCAGGGCCCACGCCAGCGCCUCCCUCUACCUCCUCAUGAGGCAAAACUUUGAAAUAGGCAACAAUUUUGCGAGAGUAAAGAUGCAGGUGACCAUGUCUCUUUCCUCGCUCGUGGGAACCUCUCAGAAUUUCAACGAGGAGUUCCUGCGUCGCUCUCUAAAGACCAUCCUCACCUACGCAGAGGAGGACCUGGAGCUGAGGGAGACCACGUUUCCAGACCAGGUCCAGGAUCUUGUGUUUAACCUGCACAUGAUCCUCUCUGACACGGUGAAGAUGAAGGAGCACCAGGAAGAUCCUGAGAUGCUGAUAGAUCUCAUGUACAGGAUUGCGAAGGGUUACCAGACCUCUCCAGACUUGAGACUGACAUGGCUCCAGAACAUGGCCGGGAAACACUCAGAGAGGAAUAACCACGCCGAGGCUGCCCAGUGUCUUGUGCACAGCGCCGCUCUGGUUGCAGAAUACCUGAGCAUGCUGGAGGACCGCAAGUAUCUGCCUGUGGGCUGCGUCACCUUCCAGAACAUUUCCUCCAACGUGCUGGAGGAGUCAGCGGUCUCUGAUGACGUGGUGUCACCAGAUGAAGAGGGCAUCUGCUCAGGAAAGUACUUCACUGAGAUCGGUCUGGUCGGACUCCUGGAGCAGGCUGCCGCCUCCUUCUCCAUGGCUGGCAUGUACGAGGCAGUGAACGAAGUAUACAAGGUUCUGAUCCCAAUUCACGAAGCCAGCAGGGACGCAAAGAAGCUGUCGACCAUUCAUGGUAAACUACAGGAAGCCUUUGGGAAGAUAGUUCACCAGAGUACUGGCUGGGAGAGGAUGUUUGGUACGUACUUCAGAGUCGGAAUUUAUGGUUCAAAAUUCGGCGACUUGGACGAGCAGGAGUUUGUGUACAAAGAGCCGGCCAUCACGAAGCUGGCAGAGAUCUCUCACAGGCUCGAGGGUUUCUAUGGGGAGCGAUUUGGAGAGGAACAGGUAGAAGUCAUUAAAGACUCCAACCCGCCGGACAAGUGCAAGCUGGAUCCAAACAAGGCCUUUAUCCAGAUCACGUAUGUGGAGCCGUACUUCGACACGUACGAGAUGAAGGACCGCAUCACCUACUUUGACAAGAACUACAACCUGCGGCGUUUUGUGUACUGCACGCCUUUCACCCUGGACGGGCGGGCGCACGGCGAUCUGCACGAACAGUACAAACGCAAGACCAUCCUCACCACGUCCCACGCCUUCCCCUACAUCAAGACACGGAUCAACAUCAUCCACAAGGAGGAGGUUAUCUCCACACCCAUCGAGGUGGCCAUAGAGGACAUGCAGAAGAAGACUCAGGAGCUGGCCUACGCCACCCACCAGGACCCGUCUGAUGCCAAGAUGCUGCAGAUGGUCCUGCAGGGAUCAGUUGGUACAACCGUCAACCAGGGUCCUUUGGAGGUGGCUCAGGUUUUCCUGUCAGAAAUCCCCAGUGACCCCAAACUGUACAGACACCACAAUAAGCUGCGGCUCUGCUUCAAGGACUUCACCAAGAGGUGUGAAGAUGCCCUGCGUAAGAACAAGAGCCUGAUUGGUCCGGACCAGAAGGAGUACCAGAGGGAGCUGGAGAGGAACUACCACCGGCUGAAGGAGGCGCUGCAGCCGCUCAUCAACAGAAAGAUCCCUCAGCUCUAUAAACCUGUACUGCAGGUCAACUCGCACAGAGAUUCCUUCAGCAGAAUGAGUCUCCGUAGGCUUGACAUCUGAAGAUGAAGAGACCACACACACAGACAGACACACACACACACACACAAACAGAAAUUGCAAUAUUAAUUUAUUCUCAAGUGUAAAUAGGAGUGUCUCUUCAAAGUUGGUUGGUGUUUCUGAGACGGAGCUGAGAGGCUGAAGCUGCUGCAGCUCGGUACGUCAUUCCAGUGUCUUAAUUUGUUUACAGAGAAACUGUUACACAAUCCGAGGGACGCGACAAGAUGUUCUUAACGAUUAAGGGGACACCUUGGCAUUUAGACUUUUCUGUGCUUGUUGAUUUGUGACAGUGGGGAACAAACGUUUAUAUUUUUUCCAUACGCUACCUUAAUAAAAAAGCUAAUAAUGUGAGCCUUCACUCUUGAAAACCAACAGAAUCUGCUGGCGUUAAUCGAACAAAACCCCAGAGUAGAAAAAGAAUGAGAUCCAUUUAUUGGUCAAAGUGCCAAAAAAAACAACCUUAUAUUUCCCCUGCCAAAUUUUAUCAAAGUGACUGUAGAUAUGGUACGAUUUCAAAAGUCAAGGUGUCUUUUUAAUGAUGUGUCAAAAAAAAAUCUGUAUUCAAUUUCAUGUGUGCACUUUUUUAUUACGGUGUAAGCGACGCAUUUUACAACUUGAAGAUUAUGUAAUUCAAAACGUGGAGUGAAAAAAUGAAAACAUGCAAAAAAUUAUACUAUUAUUUAUCAUGAUGCUUUAUUAUCAUUUAUAGUUGGAAGCGACAAUGUUUUAAAGUUAGGUACUUUAAACAACCCUGUAUAAUUUUAUGUAGUUUUGUUUUUGUUUAUUUUAAAUAUUUUACUAAAUAAAUAUUUUAAUGUUCA